AUGUCACAAGAAUUUGAUCAAGUUGAAAUUGCAACGGGUCCUUCACUUAUCUCAAAGCUUCAAGAAUGUGGUAUAUCUGCAACUGAUUGCCAGAAACUUGAAUUGGCUGGCUAUCACACUAUUGAAUCUGUUGCUUUCACUCCAAAGAAGCACUUGAUGACAGUCAAAGGAAUUUCUGACGCUAAAGCUGACGUCAUUCUUCAAGAAUCUUCCAAGUUCGUUUCAAUGGGGUUCACUACUGCUACUGAGGUUCACGCUCGUCGCGCUGACUUGAUUAGCGUUACAACUGGUAGCAGAAACCUUGAUACUAUUCUUGGCGGUGGUAUCGAAACUGGAGCUAUUACCGAACUAUUUGGUGAAUUUAGAACUGGCAAAUCUCAAAUAUGCCACCAAUUAGCCGUCACUUGUCAACUUCCUAUUAGUAUGGGCGGUGCAGAAGGCAAAUGUCUUUAUAUCGAUACUGAAGGUACUUUCCGUCCUGUCAGAAUUCUCGCCGUUGCUGAAAGAUACGGUCUUAAUGGUCAAGACGUCUUGGAUAAUGUCGCAUACGCACGCGCUUAUAACGCUGAUCAUCAACAACAACUGUUAAUCCACGCUAGCGCUAUGAUGGCUGAAUCAAAAUUUGCAUUACUUAUUAUCGAUAGUGCAAUGAACUUAUACAGAACAGAUUUCUCUGGAAGAGGUGAAUUGUCCGCUAGACAGAUGCAUCUCGCCAAAUUUCUGCGAAAUCUCAUGAGACUUGCAGAUGAGUAUGGUAUAGCUGUCGUGAUAACCAAUCAAGUUGUAGCCCAGGUCGAUGGUGCAAACCCAUACAACCCAGAUCCAAAAAAACCUAUCGGGGGUAACAUACUUGCACACGCCUCAACCACUAGAUUAUUCUUGAAGAAAGGCAGAGCAACAACAAGAGUUGCCAAGAUAUAUGAUUCACCUUGUUUACCAGAGUCUGAUGCGACUUAUAACAUUGGUGCAGAUGGAAUAGGUGACCCUAUCGACGAGGAGGCUUGA